AUGGCAUUGGGUCCGACUCUCGGAACCGGGGUGUUCAUCGGCGCCGGACAGGCGCUGGCGAUCGGGGGCCCAGCUUCACUGCUCGUUGCCUACGUCUUCUUGUCGCUCCUGACCUACUUCAUGGCCACGACUGUUGCUGAAGUCGCCACUCAUGCCCCGGCUCGGCACGGUACCUUAGUCACGAAUGGCUUCCAAUAUCUGACGAACAGUAUGGGAUUCGCGGCUGGAAUCCUGCGCUGGUAUACGCUAGCGAUGUUUGUCCCCUAUGAGAUUACGACUGCGGUGGUGAAUCUCGGUCUGUGGAAUCCCGGCUCGACGAUUGCUGCCCGACUGUCCAUUCUCAUGACCCUCAUUGUCGCAUGCAACUUCCUUCCCGAGAGACACUUUCGGAGCUCUGAGCGGCUUUUCACCAGAAUCAAGAUCGGCACAUUGAUCAGUCUUCUCGUUUUGUCACUGUCAAUUGGUUAUGGUGGAGCGACAGGACAUGAUAAAUGGGGGUUUUGUUACUGGAGAAAGCCAGGCGCCAUGCAUGAAUACUUGACCCACGGUCCUCUGGGGAAGUUUUGGGGUUUGCUGCAGUGUGUCUUGCACAGCUCUAUCGCUUUCACCUUCGUGCCUGAGCUCAUUGUACAUCGAGCCGAGACUCUUGAGUCGGCUCGGGAAACCGAGAUUGGCGAAGAGUUGGACCCAGCCAUUCAGGCGCGCAUCCCCAGGCAAGUUGCUAUCGACACGGCCACCACCGCGUUGCCGUAUAUCCUGAGCUCCUUGGCCAUGGGCGUGAUGGCUCCGUACGACGACCCACUACUGACCAACAACGGAGCCGGUGCCGGUCUUUCACCCUACAUCAUUGGCAUGAAUACGGCCCGUAUCCGCAUUGUCUCUGUCACUGCAACCAUUGCCAUACUUCUCUCCUCCGUUGCCUCGGCUCGGUCAUUUCUGUAUCUCGCGUCACGAACUCUGUGCGCAAUGUCUGAGCUCGGCCAUGCCCAUCAGGUAUUCAAAGUUCGCAACCAAUGGGGUGUUCCAUAUGUUGCUGUCAGCGUUUCAGCUCUAUUCACCCCGUUGGCCUUCGUUUCCGUGCGAAUUUCGAGCUCGGUCGCGAUCACCUACUUCCUGCUCUUCGUCAAUAGCUCCGGGUACCUUUCCUGGCUGGUGUCGUGCGCCAUAUCUCGCUCCUUCCGCCAGCGUCUGCGUCUUUGCCAUAAUAGCCGCUCUUAUCGCUUCGCGAUCCAGCCGCUCGGGACCCAUAUCGGGACAUUGAUGAGCGGGAUCCUGCUGAUGUCCAAUGGUUUGGCUGGAGGAGUACCAGGUCCACUCCCCGGCUCGAGAACGUCAAGACUUGUUGCUGCCUACAUCAGUAUUCCAAUUUUCGCACUGCUGUAUUUUGCGCAUCGAUUCCGGACGAUGAUUCCCGAUCGAGCGUUCCAUCACACCCAGGAAGGGCAUAACAACAAGGAAGAAGAGUGCGGUAAAGGUGUAGCUGAGGUCGUCCAUCCGCAGCAGGGACGACCUUCUGCGCAACCUGUAUCACCCGAGACUAUUGAGAUGAACCAAGUCUGGUCGAUGGCGAUGGAGGCAUGA